AUAUGUUCUCCUUCACUACACACGCGCACACUCUUUUCUCUCGUAUCUCUCUCCGAUCCAUAGUGAGUUUCUUCCAAAAUGCUGGCACGUCUAGCCGCGAAUCGUCUCAACCAGAUCCGUCAGACAUUCCGUCAGCCAGCGAGGGCUUUCUCAACCGCUCUCAACUAUCACCUUGACUCUCCUGACAAUAAUCCCAAUCUUCCUUGGGAAUUCAAUGAUGCCAACAAAGCUAAGGUUAAGGAGAUUUUAUCUCACUAUCCAACCAACUAUAAGCAAUCUGCAGUGAUUCCUUUGCUGGAUCUUGCUCAGCAGCAACAUGGAGGCUGGCUUCCUGUUUCAGCAAUGAAUGCGGUGGCUAAGGUUAUAGAGGUUGCUCCUAUUCGGGUAUACGAGGUUGCCACAUUUUACUCAAUGUUCAAUCGAUCUAAGGUUGGCAAAUAUCAUCUAUUGGUCUGUGGAACAACACCUUGUAUGAUACGAGGUUCACGAGAAAUUGAAGAAGCUUUAUUGAAACACUUGGGAGUGAAACGAAAUGAAGUAACACAAGAUGGUUUCUUUUCUGUUGGAGAAAUGGAAUGCAUGGGAUGCUGUGUGAAUGCUCCCAUGAUUACAGUGGCUGAUUACUCUAACGGAUCAGAAGGAUAUACAUAUAAUUACUAUGAAGAUGUAACCCCAGAGAAAGUAGUUGAGAUAGUGGAAAAGCUGAGAAAGGGCGAGAAGCCACCGCACGGCACACAAAAUCCACAGCGGAUUAGGAGUGGACCUGCAGGGGGGAAUACUACAUUGUUAAGUGAUCCCAAACCUCCUCCAUGCCGUGACCUGGAUGCCUGCUGAAGUGCGUCUGUGAUACCUUUUGCUUCAAUAAUGUGAGGCUUGCUCAUCUUUGAGCUUGCCUUAAUUGGAACAUUGUCAAAUUAUUAGAUGUUCAACCAAUUUUUGUAUUAACUGGCCUCUGGAUGGCUCCGUUCCAUAAAACGCCACAAAUCUCUUGGCUUGUUUAUUACUUGAGUGCUAUCUAAUGUCUUUCUGUACUUUGUACAUUAAUUAAUCAUCAUAAAUGAAAUGAAAUUUGAGAUUACAACGA